AAUGGUUUUCCGUCCUAUAUUUUGAACGCAUGGGGUAAAUGCAUUCGAGAACUGUACAGUUUCGAAAGUACAGAGAAUGUUUUCGGCGACUGCAAUACUGCGAAGUGGCCAUCCGUCGGCAAAGGGCCGACUUCCUGUGCUCGUUCCUGUCAUACCUCGCCACCAUGCGCCUCCCGCCCGUCCGCUUCCUGCCGUCGAGCUCAACGCCGGCGGUAGUGGACGCGAACGCGCGCAUCGCUCGGCUGGCACGCACGGGGAACAUGGAGGGCGCCCGCGCCACGUUCGAGGCCAUGCCGCUCCGCACCACCGCCUCCUACAACGCCCUCCUCGCCGGCUACUUCCGCAAUCACCUCCCCGACGCCGCGCUCCGCGUCUUCCACCGUAUGCCCACGCGGGACCUCGCCUCCUACAACGCGCUCAUCUCUGGUCUCUCCCUGCGCCGUCACACCCUCCCCGAUGCCGCCGCGGCGCUCGCCACCAUCCCCUACCCGCCCUCGGUCGUCUCCUUCACAUCCCUCCUGCGUGGGUAUGUGCGCCACGGCCUCCUGGCUGACGCCAUACAGCUGUUCCGCCAAAUGCCUGAGCGUAACCACAUAUCGUACACGGUGCUGCUCGGUGGCUUCCUCGACGCCGGCCGUGUUGACGAGGCUCGCAAGUUGUUUGACGAAAUGCCCGCAAAGGAUGUUGUUGCGUGGACUGCCAUGCUGUCUGGGUACUGCCAGGUUGGCCGGGUUGAUGAGGCGCGCACUCUAUUUGAUGAAAUGCCAAAGAGGAAUGUUGUGUCGUGGACAGCUAUGGUCUCUGGCUACGCUCAGAAUGGGCAGGUGAACCUUGCCCGGAAGCUGUUCGAGGUGAUGCCUGAGCGAAAUGAGGUGUCGUGGACUGCAAUGCUAUUUGGGUAUAUACAGGCUGGCCGCAUAGAGGAUGCUGAGGAGCUGUUUAAUGCAAUGCCAGAUCACCCAUUGGCUGCCUGCAAUGGGAUGAUUGUUGGGUUUGGGCAGCAGGGGAUGGUGGAUGCUGCCAAGUCAGUCUUUGACAGGAUGUGUGAGAGAGAUGAUGGAACAUGGAGUGCAAUCAUCAAAGCAUAUGAACAGAAUGAAUUCUUGAUGGAGGCACUGUCUACCUUUCGUGAGAUGUUGCACAUUGGAAUCCGUCCAAACUACCCAUCAGUCAUCAGCAUCCUCACCGUAUGCGCAGCACUGGCUGUUCUUGAUUAUGGGAGGGAAGUGCAUGGUGCAAUGCUGAGGCGCUCCUUUGAUAUGGACAUCUAUGCCGUGUCAGCAUUAAUCACAAUGUACAUCAAAUGUGGCAAUUUGGAUAAGGCCAAAAGGGUCUUUCACAUGUUUGAGCCCAAAGACGUUGUGAUGUGGAACUCUAUGAUCACUGGUUAUGCUCAACAUGGGUUGGGAGAGGAAGCACUCCACAUAUUCGAUGACAUGAGGUUGGCUGGGAUGGUGCCUGAUGGAAUUACAUAUAUUGGGGCCCUUACAGCAUGCAGCUACACAGGAAAAGUUAAAGAAGGCAGGGAUAUUUUUAAUUCUAUGCGUACAAAAUCUGGCAUCAAACCUGGAUUAGAGCAUUAUGCUUGUAUGGUUGAUUUGCUUGGUCGAGCUGGACUUGUGGAUGAAGCACUGUAUUUGAUAAAGACCAUGCCAGUUGAACCAGAUGCUGUCAUCUGGGGAGCUCUAAUGGGAGCCUGUAGGAUGCACAAGAAUGCUGAGAUUGCUGAGAUUUCUGCUAAGAAGCUUUUAGAGCUAGAGCCUGGAAAUGCUGGACCAUAUGUCUUGCUCUCUCACAUUUAUACAUCCUCUGGAAGAUGGGAAGAUGCUUCUAAUAUGCGGAAAUUCAUUAGCUCAAGACAUUUGAACAAAUCACUCGGCUGUAGUUGGAUAGAAUACGACAAGAGGGUGCAUCUCUUCAAAUCGGGUGAUGUUUUAGCACAUCAAGAGCAUGCUAGUAUCCUUAAAAUGCUGGAGAAGUUAGAUGGGUUGUUGAUGGAAUCUGGAUACUCAGCUGAUGGAAGUUUUGUGCUUCAUGAUAUAGAUGAUGAGCAAAAAACGCAUAGCCUACGGUAUCACAGUGAGAGGCAGGCUGUGGCAUAUGGACUAUUGAAAAUCCCAGAAGAAUUGCCCAUCCGUGUCAUGAAAAAUCUCAGAGUCUGUGGUGAUUGCCACUCUGCAAUAAAGUUGAUCGCUAAGAUAACAUCUCGGGAAAUCAUACUGAGAGAUGCAAAUCGAUUCCAUCAUUUCAAAGACGGGUUUUGCUCAUGCAGGGACUAUUGGUGAGGUGAAUGCUGUAGUAAAUUCCUUGCUUCAUAUCAUCUCUUUGAUGAGCCUUUCAUUUGGAGACACAUGGAGGAUUAUAUUUCCGCUGAAGAUGAGGUACAUCCAGGAUCAGCACAUGGUCAACUGCAAAUCCUGUUGUAACACAGAGCCUCUAAUUUCAACAUGAACAAUUUAUCUUUUGAGUUGAUACAUUCUGGCGAAGAAAGCUAUGAGAUACUAGUACCUGGUAUGAUGCUUGGAAUCAUAGAUGUGAAAUAUUGACUGGCAGCAUUCAUCUUUUCAUCUUAAAGCACCUCACCAAGUUUGGCGAAUAGUCACAGUUCACAAAAAGAUGGAGAAUUGGGUACACUAGUGUGCCAUCUGCCAUGGGAUCUGAACAACUGCAUAUUGUGCUUUUUUGUGCAGGUUGCCACUGGCAAGAUUAGACAAUUACUUGCGGGGAUCAAGUAUGGAAGUUCACUUACAUUUCUUGUAACAUAACUCUACUGCCAGCAGUGGACCAAGGGAAGGGAAGGAAAUAAAACAGCAUCAUAUGGAACCCGUGGCGAAAACGAGAGCAUGACGAUGUUAUUAACUUGCGUUCCAGAGCCAAGAAGGCCAGAAAGGUUCACAAGGAUCACACGCUGGCACGGGCGACGCAAAGCCUCGUCAACCGCCCCGUGAAUCUGCAAGUAUGACAACCGCGGGCACGUAUUGCUCUAGAACGCUACCACACCAGCUCCCAGCGAAGUGGUUGAGGCAUUUCAUCGAGCUACCAACCAAGGAAUACAAACAAUACCACAGGCGCUCGUGGCGAGUACUCGCCAGGGUGAAGUGUAAGUUCGCCAACGAGGACCACGACGGUGUCGGAGCUGCGGACGCCGAUACGGCGAGCCUGGGCGCUGCUCGCUUCCUUGGUUCUGCGGUACUCGAUGACUAUUGACUUGCGUGCUCCCUCCGUUAGAUCACCUCGACCAGUUCUGGCAUUCUGGGAAUGAGGAAGUGAAGACUAAUUGCUCGUGGCAGCUUGUGACGGGGAAAAUGGAUAGCGACGGUGUAAGCUGGACCUGAGGCUGGACCGCUGGAGCCGCCGUCGAAGUAGAACCCUUGUAGCUGUACUGACACGUUACACGUCUACGUUCCCUGACGUCGUGUAUGGGUGAAAUUCUUGGCUAGCCGGCUAGGUGCUUUACCAGAAUUUAAAGAAAAAUAGCAAAGUUCCUGUACGAUUGUUACAAUUUUCACUUUAUUUACGGUUAAAUAUAAAAUAUAAAAUACAAGGCUUGCCUAGGUGAAUAUAAAGGUAGAUUUAGAGCCAA